AUGCCUGCGUGCCUCCCCAAAUCUGCGAUUUUCCGCCUCAGUGUUGCUAGGUUCUCCAAUGGCCUGAAGAAAGACCUGGUCACCUCAUUUCCUUCUGCCUUCCCUUGGGACGUUCUCUGCUGUAUCAUCGCAUGUGCAGACCCGGAAACACGUCGCAAGUUGGCUCUCCUGAACCGAGACUGUAACUUUGAAACGAACAAGUAUGGAUGGAGGCGAUUGCGUAUCGUUAAUGGGAAGGGUCGCAUAGACCAAGCGAUACGUCAGGCUGCCGAAACGAUUUCUCGCGACACGGCACGGGCGAAGAAUGUCCGAUCACUUGAAAUCGACCUAAAAGGCAAGCCAUCCCCAUUCCGCCGGGCGAACAUGGAGAAAACAUUUCGGAAAUUAUGCCAAGCUCUCCAAUCUUUAACGUCGUUACGAAUUUUGCACAUUCGUUUGGAGCAUUACAACGAAGAACUCGCAACGUUGAUGUCGGAGUACAAAUUCGAUUUCGAGCUCGCGUUUCUGGCUACGACGAUAUACAUACCGGAUGGCCUCCAUGAUUUCAUCGCCUCCCAUCCUGAAAUUCGUUCCUUUGCUCAAAUCCCCAAAGCCCAGCAUUCAUUUCUACGAGGCAACAUCCCUCGUAGCGCUGUGGAUAUUAGUGCCGACUUGCUACCCAAUUUGAGCGAAGUCUGGACUAAUUCAGACGUCAUCCCUACCACUGUGGCGAAUCGACCUAUCGUCUCGAUAGGGACCCAUAUAUAUUCGAACGAGUCGACAGACAAUUUUCUACGAGCCAUACGACUCUCCACGAUGGGUAUCAACCACAUCACCCUCUGUGUCAAGGUCGACCAGAGCGAAAGUUUCUACCAGAGACUCUUCUACGGCCUGGUACACAUCGAAACGUUGCACUCAAUUCACAUAGACCUCUGGGGUCCAGCUACGUCUGACGCUUCCUUACUCCCUGCCAUCCUUCGACCACUAUCGCUGUUCCCUUCGCUUCAAAAGCUCGAAUUUGGUGGAAAUCGCACUCUCGACGUCCUCUCGGACCCGGCCCCAUUCAGUUGUAAGACGCUGAGAAUAAUGGAUGUCUAUGAUUAUGCCACGCGUGGAGGGCGCCACUUUGAGCGUACCAGUACCAAGUCACCAUGGGUCGGAACAACCGCCUCCAUUGUGAGCGAGUAUACCCGUGCGACUGACUCCAACUCAAACCAGGCAUUUACACUAUUCACAUAUAUCCGCCCUGGUUUUUACCAAUCUUAUUCCGAUCUGCAAUACUACCAGCACCGACCAUGGCCCAUUUUCUCCUCACCCAAGCCUGGCUUGAUGAAUGCACAUCCUGCAUCUCCCCGCGAGUCAAGGGAUCACCCCUGCUACCAAGCCCAGAGACGCUUCAUCUCAUCCAAAGCCAUCGAAACCCUUGAAGAAAUUUCAAAUCUAAACAACACCCUCUCCUCUUGGAGGACUCGGAUACACAAAUUGAAAACACAGCGUGCAUCCUGCCCUGCCUACUCAUCCUUGUCUCAAUACGCCACUGAGAAGAAGAUCCGCGUUUUCGUCCACGGUCCCGAUCCAAAGGUUCUAACAAGAACGAUCAAACAAAUCACGAAGAAAAACUGGUCUGCAUGGAAUCGAGAUUCGAAUGGGAAACCUAUUCCUUGGAAAGUGAAACAAUGGAGUUCUCAUGAUGAGACUCGAUUGGCUAUUUCAGAGGAGAAAGUGACACUCUUUGAGGCUAAGCUUCGCACGGCGUGCGUCAUGCGUGACGCUUGGAGCUUCGCACUGCAGACGAUAUCGAUUCGGUGCUAA